ACCCCGAAACCCGCAGCCUUCCACGCGGGUUCCCUGCCUCCAGCCCCAGCACCCCGAGCGUCCGCCCAGGGCAGCGCGUCCCGGAGGCCGCCGGGCCGGUCCCGUCCAUCAGUCCGUUGCGUUCAUCGGUCGCGUCCAGUCGCGGUGCCAUGCCAUUCCUCGGGCAGGACUGGCGGUCCCCCGGGCAGAGCUGGGUGAAGACGGCCGACGGCUGGAAGCGCUUCCUGGAUGAGAAGAGCGGCAGCUUCGUGAGCGACCUCAGCAGUUACUGCAACAAGGAAGUAUACAAUAAGGAGAAUCUUUUCAACAGCCUGAAUUAUGACGUCGCAGCCAAGAAGAGAAAGAAAGACAUGCUGAACAGCAAAACCAAAACUCAGUAUUUCCACCAAGAAAAAUGGAUCUAUGUUCACAAAGGAAGCACUAAAGAGCGCCAUGGUUACUGCACGUUGGGGGAAGCUUUCAACAGGCUGGACUUCUCAACUGCCAUUCUGGAUUCCAGAAGAUUUAACUACGUCGUACGGCUGUUGGAACUGAUAGCAAAGUCACAGCUCACAUCCCUGAGUGGCAUUGCCCAAAAGAACUUCAUGAACAUUUUGGAAAAAGUGGUACUGAAAGUCCUUGAAGACCAGCAAAACAUUAGACUAAUAAGGGAACUACUCCAGACCCUCUACACGUCCUUAUGUACAUUGGUCCAAAGAGUUGGCAAAUGUGUGCUGGUUGGGAAUAUUAACAUGUGGGUGUACCGAAUGGAGACAAUUCUACACUGGCAGCAACAGCUGAACAACAUCCAGAUCACCAGGCCUGCCUUCAAGGGCCUCACCUUCACCGACCUGCCUCUGUGCCUACAACUAAACAUCAUGCAGAGGCUGAGUGACGGGCGCGACCUGGUCAGCCUGGGCCAGGUGGCCCCCAAUCUACACGUGCUCAGCGAGGACCGGCUGCUGUGGAAGAGGCUGUGCCAGUACCACUUCUCCGAGCGGCAGAUCCGCAAGCGAUUAAUUCUGUCAGACAAAGGACAGCUGGAUUGGAAGAAGAUGUAUUUUAAACUUGUGCGAUGUUACCCACGGAAAGAGCAGUAUGGAGAUACCCUACAGCUUUGCAAACACUGUCACAUUCUUUCCUGGAAGGGCACUGACCACCCGUGCACAGCCAAUAACCCAGAGAGCUGCUCCGUUUCACUUUCACCCCAGGACUUUAUCAACUUGUUCAAGUUCUGAAUCCCAGCACAUGACAGCACUUCAGAAGGGUUCCCCUGCUGAUUGGUUGGGAAUACAGAGUUGGACACUUCAUUUGUAAAUAGUGUACAUUUUAAACAUUGGCUCGAAGCUUCUGAGAUAAGUCGUGGAGAGGACGUUGGAGGGGAGAGAUGCAGGCGCUGGCUGGGAAUUUAAGAAUAUGGACUUCUCAUUAGAAUUGGUAUGGAAAAGUGGAAAUACUGUAAAUAAACUUUUUUUCCUAACGAUUUGCCAGCAAGACUGUAAGGGCAGGAGUUCUAUUUCAUCGAUGAAAACGGAAUUCUCUUGAUGUUCACUGAAAAUCCUGUAUAGUUUCCCAGAGACGUGGAAGCGAAGGGCAAAGCUCGAGUACAAGGUAGAACAUGCUUUGUUUACAACGUGAAAAUUUGUUUUUUAAAAAAAAGAAGAAAAAAGAAGAAGAAGAAAAACUACAGAUGAGAAUUUUCUGGGCUUUUAGUUUUGAUUUUGGGUUUGUUUUGAAAAGGCAACAGAAGUACCACCCAUCUUAAACCCAUGUGGGCAUAGGGCCUUAUCUUACGAAGAUAUCACACAAUAGUCUACCUCGGAAAGCAUACAGUGAUCUCUCUGACAAAGUGCAUUGUCCAGUAGGCAGUGUCUGUGUUUGUUUUUUCAUCAUAUACAAAAGUGAUUUAAAAUGGGAAGGGAGCUUGGAAGCAAUCCUCAUCGUGUUCUUUUUUAGGCAAAUGGGGCACUCCUUGGGGUUGCCUCUUUUCUGGAACAACCACAAAACACGUAGGCCUUUUUUUCUUUCAUGUCGUAGCUCCCUCAGGGCAACCUAAAGCCAAUGAAAAACAGUCCUAGAGGAAGUGCUGCUGCAGAAAAGAUAGAAUCAGUCACCCCGUAGCUGUGAAGACUUUCUUAUUCCUGUUUAAUUUCUUGGCUUGUCUGCUUCCUGGGGUAUCUUCACGGAUAAGCAUAAGUGUAUCUCUGUGGACUGGUCGGAGCCAGAGUGCUGAUAAAGUCUUGUGACACAGGAUUGACAUAUCAGUGAAACGUUUUACCAGCUGCCGUUCCUCUUGGCGGGUGAUGAGCUGAGGAGCUUUCUUUCCUUUCCAUCCUCCAUCAGAAUGUAGUCAGCCUGAGCUAGGGCUUCUACAUUUUGAUAAAAUAAAGUCUGGAGUUCCGGCCAAAUAGGGAACAGAGAUGCUGUGAGUUCAUCCUCAAAUUGCUCCAUACCCCAGGCCAUCUUGCUAGGCAAAGAUCCGCAGGUAACUAUGUGGAAGAAAGGAAAUCUCAGGCUUUAGUGAGUUUCUUGUCAAAUAUUCCUGGGAGGGGGUAGGGAGUGUUUUUGUUUUUUACUUUUUAUAGAACAUUGCUUUUCUACAACAAUGUACAUAUUUUUGCCGUUGUAUUUGCUUUGCCUUUUUUCUUUCUUCUUUUUUUUUUCUGUAAAUAAAAUUACCACCCUGCAUGUACCUAGGCAAAUACAUGAAGCAGAAAUAGGAAGUUGCUUCGUAUUCACGUUGAAGAAGAGUGAAUUCUUAGGGAUUAAACUUGGGGUGACCUGGAGAGGGCAAAGAUAAUUAAAUGUGUACAGAAACGAGCCCAGGGACCAGCUAGCAAUGCAGGGCCUCUUCAUACCCUUCCCUCAACACGCAACCCAAGUACCUGCGUUUGGAAGGGCACCAACCAGUCAAUACUCCUCACUUUGCAGUGCUUGUGCCUACACCAGGGUUUCUCAGUAUUUUUUUCAUCAUCACCCUCCAAGAAGACAAAAAUUAAAUUGAAUUUAAAUUCUCCCUCAUGAGAAAAAUUAAAGAUUAAACAAUAAAAUCUUGGUGGGUAAGGUUGAGCUUUGGAGGGCCACAAAACAUUGUAAUGCUGAGGGGUGUGUUUUGCUCUCCCUCCCACCCCCCUACCCCCCCCCCCCGCCUCCCCGACUCAAGGUCACACUGAGGAUGAAAAACCUAGUUCCUCUAUAAGUCAGACAGGUUCUCUCAAAUGUCUCAGCUGCCUGAAAGGUGUGAGGGGUGGAGCUGGGUCUAUUGUUGCUAUGAGAACUCUGGAACCUUUGACUCGGAUAAUUGGUGGUUUAUGCAAGGCUUUCCACAUCUUCCCACCAACUCCUGAUCUCUGCCCCUUCAUGCUGACCAAGGAGGUGGAAGGCCCUCAGCACCUUCAGGUUUGCAGUCCCAGAAGCAUUGCCUGCUCUGGACUGUCAGCACAGAGCUGGCGAACCAGUCUCCUUUGGACUGCCCGCCAUGUUCGUGAUUGUGCAUCAUGCGCCAAGCAGCAAGAUGCCUCAAGAUGAUCCCUAUAGAAAUAAGUGACAGGGUUAUGGCAGUCCACAGUGAUUACCUCGAUGGUGCCUCUGGGCUCGCCCACCUCCCCUGGCGUUAUUGGCAGUGGUGUGUGACAGAGUCAAGGAAAAUUUUGAAGGAAAAAAAAAAGAAACUGACAUUUGUGGCUCUCUUUUACUGGAAGAGGAGAAUAAGAAAGGAAAUGGCAGGUGGAGAGGGAGCGGGAAGGGAAUAGAAAUGGCAUAGCUUUGGUGCUGUGGUUUGUGUGAGGGCAGCGGGGAUGAGCUUCGUGGGCACGGGGCAGCUGUUAGUGCCACAGGGUAGCUGUGAAGCAUGGCCAGAACUUCCUGUAUAAGUAAAGUGAGGUAAAAAGAAAAUUCUUGUUCCCUGGGCAUUAAUCAUCUAUAAAAUAUCUAUUGUCAAAUCCUCCCAGGACAACCUGAACUCAAAAUCAAAAAACAGGGAAUCCCUAUCUCAGAACUGCUAGUCUAAAAGCCAGAAGGGGAUAUGACAAUGGAAAUUGCUGGAAGAGACAGAAUGCUCACUCUCACUGCUGUAUGGACCUACCCCCAUCCCAACCCUGUGACAUAGAAUUUGAAAUUGAUACCUAAUGUGAAGUAAUUUCAACUUUCAGAAAAGAAAAGAGUUUUGGCCAGGGCAAUGGGUGCCAAUAUCCCUAUGGAGGGAUGUUAUAAAAUUUGGUCCAACUCAAAGGUUUCUGAGCAAUGAGCCUAGAGUUUCUCGAGAACAAAGCACAGCAUUUGAGGAGAGGGAAUA